ACUGCCGCCUCUGUGUGUUUGUGUAGAUGUGAGGAAUUCAGCUGCUCGGAGACCUUCCUCUCCGGGUGGGGAAGAUUUUUGUUUGACAGCAGCCCAACAAGAAUGAAACGCAGGAGGACAAACAAAAAACAUCGCAUGACGAAGUUCAGGAAAAAAGUAUUUGCCAACUAAAAAUUCAGCGAGGGAGAACGGCCACAUUUGUCCUUUCAGAUGACUUGUGGCAGCGGGAUUAAACUACAAUUCGACAGCUGUGUUUUUGAAUGGGGUGAAAAUAAGUGGAAAAUUCUCCGAAACGGCGAGUCCGAAGAAUUUCCAGGAGGCCAAAACCUCUUCGGUUCGGUUUGGGGCGCAGGCAGAGAAAACGCCCUGCUGCUACUAUCUCCAAAUUCAAACUUUAUCGCCGAGUUGCGCCAAAUAUGCAUCUUUCCCUUAACGCGAGGUAAACAUUCCAGCAGCUUUCUCCCCCAUUUCCCCCCACAGAGACUGCAAACGUAGUGGGGGUUCAAUACUUAACUUGGGAAAGGUUGGGAGUUUUCUGCUUCUUUUUCUAUCUGUUGGAGUAUUUUCCCUCAUUGUCGUGCUGCUCCUGCUGGCAGCGCUUUGGGUGGGCUGAGAGCCCAAGGCGGUUCUGCUAGGCCUACGGCCAUUAGCCCCGGACAAAGACGAGCGUCCGUGGACGUUUGGAAAGAACAAAACCGCGUGGACAACGUCUCAAGAUUUGUCAAAUUCCCUUACAAUGAGCGACUCUGCGGCCGUGUCGGCGGGCGCCGAGAGGAGGAUGGAAACACGGCUGAAGAGGCUGGAGGACAUGCUCAGAGACCCGAGGUCCGCCUUAAACCUCGAAAGUUUGCUGGACUCCUUAAAUGCUCUGGUCUUAGACUUGGACUACCCGGCGCUACGCAAAAAUAAAAACAUUGAAACCUUCUUAAACCGAUAUGAGAAAGUAGUAGAGGAACUUCGAGAUCUCCAAAUGAAGUCUGAGGACUUUGAGAAAGUGAAAGUGAUCGGACGAGGAGCAUUUGGUGAAGUGCAGCUGGUCAGACAUAAAGCCUCCCAGAAGGUCUAUGCUAUGAAGCUGCUAAGCAAAUUCGAGAUGAUCAAACGCUCCGACUCUGCUUUCUUCUGGGAAGAGAGGGGAAUCAUGGCAUUUGCCAACAGUCCCUGGGUUGUUCAGUUGUGCUGUGCCUUCCAAGAUGAGCAUUACCUCUACAUGGUGAUGGAGUACAUGCCAGGAGGGGAUCUGGUCAACUUGACCAGCACGUACGAUGUUCCAGAGAAGUGGGCCAAGUUCUACACAGCAGAGGUGGUGAUGGCUCUGGAUGCCAUUCACUCCAUGGGCUUCAUCCAUCGGGACGUCAAGCCAGACAACAUGCUGCUGGAUCGACUCGGACACCUGAAACUGGCUGACUUUGGCACAUGCAUGAAGAUGGACGCUACUGGCAUGGUGCGCUGUGACACAGCUGUGGGAACUCCUGACUACAUCUCCCCAGAGGUGCUGAAAUCUCAGGGAGGAGACGGUUGUUACGGAAGGGAGUGUGACUGGUGGUCUGUGGGAGUCUUCAUUUUCGAGAUGCUUGUUGGUGACACCCCGUUCUAUGCCGACUCUCUGGUGGGAACCUACAGUAAAAUCAUGGACCACAAAAACUCCCUCCAUUUCCCAGAGGAAGUGGAGAUCUCUGCAGAUGCCAAGAACAUCAUCUGUGCCUUCCUGACUGACCGGGAGGUGCGAUUGGGCCGAAACGGCGUAGAGGAAAUCAAACAACACCCCUUCUUCAAAAACGACCAGUGGACGUUCGACAACAUCAGAGAAACUGUCGCCCCGGUAGUCCCCGAGCUGAGCAGUGACAUCGACACCAGCAACUUUGAUGAGAUAGAAGAUGACAAAGGCGAUGUGGAAACCGUACCCACGCCUAAGGCCUUCGUCGGAAAUCAGCUGCCGUUUGUCGGCUUCACCUACUUCAAAGAAGAUCAGUUACUUAAUGCUUCUAACAACUCCUCAGUGAAUAAUGAGAACCUGAAAGGAGAGUCAGCAGCUUUGCAGAAGAAACUGCACCACCUGGAGUUGCAGUUUAAUAACGACAAGCAGGUCAAGGAUGAUCUGGAGCAGAAAUACAGAACAGCCUCAGGUCGCUUAGAAAAAAUAACCAAAGAGCUUGAGGAAGAGGUGAACUGCAGGAAGUGCUUGGAGUCAAACUUGAGGCAGCUGGAAAGAGAAAAGGCUCUGCUGCAACACAAGAGCUUGGAGAGUCACCGCAAGGCCGAGAGCGAGGCUGACAGGAAACGCUGCCUCGAGAAUGAAGUCAACAGCCUUCGUGAUCAGCUGGAUGACCUGAAGAGAAGAAACCAAAACUCUCACAUUUCUAAUGAGAAGAACAUUCAUCUGAGAAGACAGCUGGAGGAGGCCAACACUUUGCUGCGAGCUGAGAGUGAAGCUGCGACUAGGCUGCGGAAAACGCAGACCGAGAGCAGCAAGCAGCUGCAGCAGCUGGAGGCCAACGUGCGCGAGCUGCAGGACAAAUGCUGCCUGCUGGAGCGAACCAAGCUGAGCCUGGAGAAGGAGUGCAUCAGCCUGCAGGCCGCGCUAGAGACGGAGAGGAGGGAGCAGAGUCAAGGCUCAGAAACCAUCAGCGACCUGAUGGGGCGCAUUUUGGCUCUGGAGCAGGAGGCUCGCCAGCAAAGACAGGCUCUGUCUAAAGCAGAGACCGAGAAGAGACAUCUGCAGGACAAACUCACUGAUCUGGAGAAGGAGAUGAGCAGCAAAGAGAUCGAUCUGACCUACCAGCUGAAGGUUCUGCAGCAGGAGCUGGAGCAGGAGGAGACCUCUCACAAGGCUACCAGGGCUCUGCUGGCAGACAAGAGCAAGAUUAGGGUGACCAUUGAAGGUGCCAAGUCGGAGUCCAUGAAAGAGAUGGAGCAGAAGCUGUCGGAGGAGCGGUUGGCCAAAAUGCGGCUGGAGAACAGGAUCCUGGAGCUGGAAAAACACAGCAGCAUGAUGGACUGCGACUAUAAACAGGCCUUACAGAAACUAGAGGAGCUGCGCAGACAUAAGGACCACCUCACAGAGGAGGUGAAGAACCUGACUCUGAAGAUUGAGCAGGAGACCCAGAAGCGAAACCUGACUCAGAAUGACCUCAAGGCGCAGAACCAGCAGCUCAGCAUCCUGAGAACCUCUGAGAAGCAGCUGAAGCAGGAAACCAAUCACCUGCUGGACAUAAAGCGCAGUUUAGAGAAGCAGAACCAGGAACUGCGCAAAGAAAGACAAGACACAGAUGGACAAAUGAAGGAAUUACAGGACCAGUUAGAAGCUGAACAGUAUUUUUCUACUCUCUAUAAGACUCAAGUUCGUGAGCUGAAGGAGGAUUGUGAGGAGAGAAACAAGCUAUACAAAGAGAUGCAGCAAUCUCUGCAUGAGCUGCAGGAGGAGAGGGACUCGUUAGCAGCCCAGCUGGAGAUAACCCUGACGAAGGCUGACUCGGAGCAACUGGCUCGCUCCAUUGCUGAGGAGCAGUACUCUGAUCUGGAGAAGGAGAAGAUCAUGAAGGAGCUGGAGCUGAAGGACAUGAUGGCGCGGCAUUGUCAGGAGCUGAAUGAGAAGGACAUUACCAUCAGCUCACUUGAAGAAGCCAACAGGACUCUGACCAGUGAUGUUGCUAAUCUGGCUAACGAAAAGGAGGAGCUCAACUGCAAACUGAAGGAAGCGCUUGAAGAAUCCGAGAAGUCGAAGGAUUGGGAGCAGCAGAUCAGUCAGAUGAAGCAGGGAUUUGAGAAACAGCUGCAGUCAGAGAGAACGUUGAAGACACAGGCUGUCAAUAAGCUGGCAGAGAUCAUGAACAGAAAGGAAAUACGAGGUGGAGGCAGUCGUCGCAACAACGACACCGACAUGCGGCGGAAGGAGAAGGAAAACAGGAAGCUGCAGUUAGAGCUCCGAUCUGAGAAGGAAAAGCUGAACAGCAUCAUGAUCAAAUACCAGAGGGAAAUCAACGAAAUGCAGGCACAAUUGGCGGAUGAGAGCCAGAUGCGCAUCGAGCUGCAGAUGGCUCUGGACAGUAAGGACAGUGACAUCGAGCAGCUGAGGAACCUGCUGCAGACGCUCAGUGUGCAGUCCAUGGACUCGGCCAGCGUCAGCAGCGGCCCAGAGUUUGACGCUGAUGACGCCUACACAGAAACCAGACUGGAGGGCUGGCUCUCUCUUCCCGUCAGAAACAACACCAAGAAGUUUGGAUGGGAAAGAAAGUACGUUGUUGUUAGCAGCAAGAAGAUCCUCUUCUACAACAGUGAACAAGACAGGGAGCAGUCCAUCCCCUACAUGGUGCUGGACAUAGAUAAACUCUUCCAUGUGAGGCCUGUCACUCAGACAGAUGUGUACCGUGCUGAUGCCAAAGAGAUACCUCGAAUAUUUCAGAUUCUUUAUGCCAAUGAAGGUGAGAGUAAAAAGGAGCCAGAGUUUCCUGUGGAGCCACUACCCCUUGGAGAGAAGUCCAGCUACAUCUGCCACAAAGGUCACGAGUUUAUCCCCACCCUCUAUCACUUCCCCACCAACUGUGAGGCCUGCACUAAGCCACUAUGGAACAUGUUCAAGCCUCCACCUGCUCUGGAGUGCCGACGCUGCCACAUUAAGUGCCACAAGGACCACAUGGACAAGAAAGAGGAGAUCAUUGCUCCGUGUAAAGUGAACUACGACGUUUCUGCCGCCAAGAACCUACUCCUGCUGGCCGCCUCCCAGGAGGAGCAGCAGAAGUGGGUGAGCCGACUGGUCAAGAAGAUUCCCAAGAAGCCCCCUCCAACAGAGCUCUUUGCGCGCUCCUCACCUCGGGCAUCCAUGAAAGUUCAGCCCAGCCAGUCCAUGAGAAGGCCCAGCAGACAGCUGCCCACCGCCAAGAGCAGUCCCCGCAGGUCAAAUGGGUUCAAACUGAGACGAGAAGAUUCCAGCAGCCUCUGCUAACUGGGAAUGUGGUGCAUCUCCAGGGUUCCUCUGUUUGUUUCCUGCGGAUCAGCUGACUGACCUCAUCGUUGCUUCUCCUUAAAGCCGCUCUUGCCCCAGCGUUUGAGGGUUGGAGUACAUUUCCCCCCUGCUGCCCAGCUCCUGCCGCUUCUCCACCAGCUGUGCGGCUCACAUCAGCCAAAGUGUUCUUCCAGGUGCAUCAUCCUCUGUGAGGCUGUGGAGACGCUCAUGAGUUUCAGUGCUCUGGUAAACCCCCAAAAGGAGGGGAUUCCUCUCACCACGAUGGAGGCAGAACUCAUUUCAUCGUCACUUCUGGGGACUUUGCCAAAAAAAGAACUAUUCCUGAACAGUAUUGGAGGGUUAAAAGGGGAACACUUCACUUUUUGUUUGAGGUUUUUCUGUUACCAGAUAGUGUCAAACUUUGUUACACAGCGGUUAAAGCUGGCUGCCUCUCCGUCUCUUCAUCCAGCAGGGCAGUGGUCUUAGUUAAGGGGACUUGGGCAGGAUAAGUCCACCUCUGGAUGGAGAACUCUUUCAUUUCUUUUGAAGGGUUGUAGUUAGACAUUCCUGAUACUCCAACACUCAAGCACAAAAAAUGGUUAGAAGUGAAGAGUGCUGCUCUGAUGAAGGUUAGACGGCCAGUUCUGGGGGGCGGGGUUAAGUUCAGGUUAUGCACCAAUUAUGUUUUCCUUGUGUUUGAAUGUAGCUGUGGCCUUUACCUGAGAUGACACGCAGGCAUUUAUUACCAAAUGUACUUGACUGCUGCUCCCUUUUCAUUGGAUUUUUUUCACCAAAUGAUCGGAUUAAUCUCACAAUUACUUUUUUUGGGCGGGGCCUCUGUUUAAAGAAAAUACGUCACAAUAUCCAAACACAUCUGGGUUCUGCAAGAAGACAAAACUGAGCAGCACUUGUCCAAAAAUGUUCCUUUAUUUUUGUUUGUCUUUAUAUUUUUGUAUUAAAGGUAACCAAACAUGGAGUUUGGCCACACGGUGUGUCUGUGAGCCACAGAAGGCAGAGAGUGUAGGAGAGCUGUCCUUUAACCAAGAAGCAUGUUUUCUACAUAUAAAUGUCCACAGUAUAUAUUUUAUACCUCAUACCAUGCACAUUUUGUUAUUUAUGCGGCAUUGUCCACUGUGUAUUUAAGGGCUUUCCAUCCAAACUUCAUGUUUGCUACCAAACAGCUCUAUAUUGAUAAUAACCACUUCAACAAUAAAGACAUGGAUGUGU